CUUGUGUUCACACUGCCGCCGAAUGAAAUGCCUUAAAAAAAGAGUAACUUUGUCGACAAUCCUAUACUCUAUUUGUCCUCCCAGACUGCCUCAUUGCCUCAUUGGUGAAGGAUUCCUUUGCUCAAGACCACAUCAAAGAGACCAACCAUCAUGAUGCAGAGGGCAGGGAGGGCCCCGCCUUACACUAAAGCCCUGGAUGGAGGCUGGGGAUGGAUGAUUGUAUUCCAUUUCUUCCUGGUAAACGUGUUUGUGAUGGGGAUGCUGAAGACGUUUGCAAUUUUCUUUGUGGUUUUCCAAGAAGAAUUUGAAAGCACCUCAGAGCAAACUGGCUGGAUUGGAUCCAUCAUGUCAUCACUUCGUUUUUCUGCAGGUCCCCUGGUUGCCAUUAUUUGUGACAUAACUGGAGAGAAAACUGCCUCCAUUCUUGGAGUUUUCCUUGUUACUGGUGGAUAUUUGAUCAGCAGCUGGGCUACUAACAUUCCCUUUCUUUGUGUGACUAUGGGACUUUUACCUGGUUUGGGUUCUUCUCUCUUGUACCAAUCAGCUGCUGUGGUAACUACCAAAUACUUCAAGAAACGAUUAGCGCUUUCUACAGCUAUUGCCCGUUCUGGGAUGGGACUGACGUUUCUGAUAGCGCCUUUUACGAAAGUCCUGAUAGACCUAUACGACUGGACAGGUGCCCUUAUACUACUUGGAGGGAUCAUACUGAAUUUGUUGCCUACUAGUAUGCUCCUAAGACCCAUCCAUAUCAAAAGCGAGAACAGUUCUGAUAUUAAAAAUGAAGACAGCAGCUUGUCUGCAAGUAAUCCAGGGGCAAUGGGUGCAACAGAAACAUCAUCCUGCAAUGAGACACAAGAGGCCACCAUCAGGGACAGUGCUAUGCAGAAGGCCGGACAACCUGGUACAUGUUCAACAGUCUCACAAAACAAAGAGCUCAACAACGAGCCUACGGGGGACAGUUACGAAAAACUCUUUGACACCUCCCUUUUAAAAAAUCCUUUCUUCUACAUAUUUACCUGGUCUUUUCUCCUCAGUCAGUUGGCAUAUUUCAUCCCUACCUUUCACCUGGUGGCCAGAGCCAGAACACUGGGGAUUGACAUCAUGGAUGCCUCCUUCCUCGUUUCUGUAGCUGGUGUCACUGAGGCCGUCAGUCAGAUAAUCUCUGGAUGGGUUGCUGAUCAAAACUGGAUCAAGAAGUAUCAUUACCACAAGUCUUACCUCAUCCUCUGCGGCAUCACUAACCUGCUUGCUCCUCUGGCCACCACAUUUCCACUACUUAUGACCUAUACCAUCUUCUUUGCCGCUUUCGCUGGUGGUUACCUGGCAAUGAUACUUCCUGUACUGGUUGAUCUGUCUGGGAAUUUUAGAGUACACAGGUUCUUGGGACUUUCCAGUUUCUUUGCUGGGAUGGCUGUCCUUUCUGGACCACCUAUAGCAGGCUGGUUAUAUGAUCACACGCAGACAUACACCGGCUCCUUCUACUUCUCUGGCACAUGCUUUCUCCUCUCUUCAAUUUCCCUGUUCUUUGUACCGUUGGCUGAGAGAUGGAAAAACAGAGCUGACCAGAAAGGAAAAGGACUGCAAUCAAGCGAGAGCUUAACAAAACACAAUCUAAACUAAGAAGUCACUGGAAACAAAAGCUUGGAAGAAACCAGUUUCCUCAUCUGUAAAAUGAGAAGGCAAACCAGGUAGUUUUUAAGGUUCCUUUUUGCUUUCACUUUCUGAGGAAUGUCUAGUUAAUAGCGAGAAAAGAAUA